AUGAAAAUCAGUCAUGAUUUAUUCGCUGAUGGAAUUGUCGAAAUUAAUAAUGAUCUCGAUCAUCAAUUAAAAUCAAAGAUUAUUGAUGAUACAUCGAAUAGUGGUAUAUUCGUCGAGGAAAUAGUUGAUGAUCCUGAUGAUAAGAAACUUCUUCGUAAACUUGAUCUUUAUCUCAUUCCUGGUAUGACGUUACUCUAUUUACUUAAUUAUCUCGAUCGAGUGAAUAUUGGACAAGCUAAACUCAAUGGUAUUACGACUUCAUUACAUCUUACAAGUGUUCAGUACAAUACUUGUUUAAGUGUUGUCUAUGUGACAUAUGUUGCUUUUGAAGUUCCUUCGAAUUUAAUUCUGAAAAAAUUACGACCUAGUGUUUGGAUUCCAAUUAUUAUGGUUACUUGGGGAAUUAUUACGACUCUUACAGGUCUUGUGAAUUCUUAUGGUGGUCUUCUCGCCUGUCGACUUCUGUUAGGUGCUCCUGAAGCGGGAUUAUUUCCAGGUGCGACAUAUUAUCUGUCCAGUUGGUAUACAAGACGUGAACUAUCAUGGCGUGUCAGUAUUCUAUUUUCUGCUGCUACACUAGCGGGCACCUUUGGUGGUAUACUCGCGUAUGGAAUUAACCAUAUGAAUGGUAUAGGUGGACAAGAAGGUUGGCGUUGGAUAUUUUAUAUAGAAGGCAUUAUAACUGUUGUUGUCGGAGUAUUGGCCUUCUUUUUCAUCAGUGAUUUUCCAUCGAAUCGUCCGAAGUUUCUUACUGAGUCAGAAUGUAAUCGUGUCAUAGUUCGCUUACAAAGAGAUGCCGGACCUGGUGGUUCUGAACAUUUCAGUUGGCAACAAGUUAGUGCUACAUUCUUUGAUUGGAAAUUGUAUGUUUUCUCAUUCGCUUACAUUGGCAUUCUUGUACCACUUCUCUCUCUUUCUCUCUUCUUACCAACCAUAGUUCAAAAUCUUGGCUUUGUCAGUUACAAAGCGCAACUUCUUACUUCUCCACCAUAUGCUUUUGCUUUCAUUACAACAGUUACGACAGCUUAUUUUUCCGAUAAAUAUGUGCGACGUGGUAUUUUUAUUCUCUUUUGGUUGGUAAUAACUAUGAUUGGUUAUAUCAUUCUGAUUGCUGUGAACAAUUUAGGUGCUAAAUAUUUUGCUGUUUUUCUUGCAGCUGGUGGUAUUCCGCCAUGUGUAGCAACAUGUAUUACUUUUCUUUCCAGUAACACCAGUCCUCAAACAAAACGUGCAACAUCAUUGGCAUUUAUGAUUUCUGUCGGUAAUUGCGGUGGAAUUAUCAGUGGUCAAAUUUAUCGAACACAAGAUGCACCUCGUUUCGUUUUGGGUCAUGCUGUCAAUCUUGGAUUUUGUGUUUUAGCAAUUAUUUGUAUCAGUAUUCUGAUGAUUGGUCUUCGAUUAGAAAAUCGCCGACGUGAUCGUUUGUAUGGGCCGGUAACAAAUAAUUUACCAACAAGUUCCACUACUGUAGUGGAUGUUUUCGGAUUAGGUAGUGUCGAUGAUAGAAAACGAUGGGGCUAUGAAAAUAUGUCUGAAGAACAAUUACGUGAUUUAGGUGAUAAACAUGCUGCUUGGCGUUAUAUUAUUUGA